GGACUUUCAAUAUUGGUGUGUCGGCCAUAUUUCUUCGGAGGGAAGCUACGCUUGGUCUCUUCGCAAGCCAGUGUGAUGGUUUUCCGACAUUAUUAAGGACAAAUUUAAUAAUAAAUUUUAUAGUUAAAAGUUUACUCUAUCGAUAUAUCAGUUUAUAUCUGAGGAUUUUGUCAGGAUUAGUGCUAAAAAAUGAAUUAAAACUACCGAAGUGAACUUCUAAGACUACUCGGGCGAAGCCCGACUCCAUCCGAAUUUCAUUAAAAAAAUUCAGAACUUUUUUCUUCUUUUAAUCAACGGAAUGUGAUUUGACCUAUAACUCUCCUAUAUAAAAGUGAUAGAUAUAUGUAAGAUGUAAACAUUUAGUUAUACACAAGUGAAAAAUUUUAGAGGAUGUAGGAAAAAUGAAAGAAAAUUCAAAACUUUUAAUAUAUCCGCUCUGCCCGCCAUCUUGCGGUGAGGGCUGAAACCACUCUUACUGGAUCAGCUCAAAAUGGCGAGGAAUUUGGACUUGAAAAUUUAAGAGAAACUAUAGAAAUCUUUGAAUUUUUUUAAAUGGCAUCCUCAGAUUCAAUGGGGGAUGGCCCCCCAACUAAAAAGGCCAAAAUGGGCGGAGAUGCAGAAAUGUUGUCUGCACUCAACGACGAUCUACCGGAUGAUCUAUUGUGGAGCGUGGACUCAGGUGGGGCAUCUAAUGGAUCUAUGUCCAAUGGUUCCAUGGACCAGAUGUCCUCUGGGCCACCCAUGAGUGGAAUGAUGCAGGGAAUGAGGGCCCCAGGUCCUGGUAUGAACCAGAUGAGUGGAAUGAACCAGAAUAUGAAUCUUGUGAACUCAUUAAACAAGAAUAAAACUAAUGGUCCACUGUUAAUUGGUUCCCCCGGUCCUCACCCCGAUAGUAUCGGAACCAUAAACAGUUCAAUGCAGAGUUCAAUUUCCCAGGUUUCUAUUGGACACCCGGGACAGAUGUCAAUGGCCCCGAUGAGUUCUAUGUCGGGGGAAAUGACGAUGGUGUCAAGUAUGUCAAACAUGCAGAACGUGCAAGGAAUGCAGCAAAUGCGUCCUAUGAUGGGCCAGAAUACCAUCAUGUCCCAAUCUGGUAUGAACGGGCCAAUGGUCCGGCAUCAAAUGGGUCCUAUGGGAAACAACUCAAUGCAGCGUCAGGGUCAACCCAAUAUGAUUCAGGGCCAGCCUAGAAUGAUAAAUGCCCCUGGUGGAGUCAGGAUGCAGAAUAUGCCUGGUAUGAUCGGAGGGCAACAGUUUCAAUCCCAACAGAACCAUCAGAUGGGAAUGGGAGGUAACAUGGUACCUGGCUCCGCUCCUGUCAACCUUCCUCCCCGCUAUCCAUCCCAACUAGAUCAAAACUCCCAACCCAAUGUUGGAAAUCAGAAUAUGGUUGGAAACAAUGGGUCUAUGGUACAACAAGGUUCCAACGGGAACAUGAAUCCCGGUGGGUUAAACCAGCUUCAAAUGCUUCCAAACACGAUGAACCAAGUGAUGAAUUCAGGUGUUAAUACCAGUGUUCCAGGGGGUGUCCCUGGUGUGCCAGGACCUCCUUCCUCUGCAGACCCAGAGAAACGAAAACUUAUCCAACAACAGCUUGUUCUUCUCCUUCACGCACACAAGUGUCAACGUCGGGAUAGAGAACAACAAGCCUUGGGACAAGGAGCAGAGAUACGACCUUGUACCCUUCCACACUGUCGAACUAUGAAGGAUGUUUUGAACCAUAUGACGACAUGUCAGGCGGGAAGGGAUUGUAAGAUACCACACUGCUCCAGUUCACGUCAAAUCAUAGCUCAUUGGAAGCAUUGUAACCGUCAGGAUUGUCCUGUUUGUUUACCUUUGAAGCAAGCGGAUCCCCGCCGUAAUCCAAAUGAUCUUAUGUCUCCUCCUGGAGCUGUUGUUCAGCGACCACCUGGGCCUCAGCAAAUGAAUAUGCAAGGAGUUUCACCAAACGGCAACGCGCCCUCCCCCCAACCCGGUCAACCCAGUCAGGCCAAUCUAGAAGCGGCCCGCCGUGCUCUCGGCAUAUCUAAUGAUAACCUUGCUCAACCCAGACCUCAGAUGUCUAAUAUGCCGGUGAGACAAAAUCUGAACCCCCAGCUGAACCAACAGCAGGCCCAAAUGGGCGGCCAGGUCCGCCCUGGUAUGUCGGUGAUGAUGGGGCCUGGGCCUAGAAUGUCCCAACCUUCUGCCAUCAACCGUCCACCCCUUCCUAGCUCGGCAGGUCCACAGUACGAUCAGAUCGCUAGUACGCUGAUGGAACCAACGAGAAACGUGUUACCGGAUGAAAUACAGAAUACUGUGAUUGCGGCCCCUGUACAGAGCACGAAAGAAUGGCACAAUAUGGUAACUCCGGACCUUAGAAACCAUCUUGUACAUAAACUAGUUCAGGCAAUAUUUCCUACUCCAAAUACACAUGAUGUUUUGGAUGAACGUCUUCGUAGUCUUGUAGCAUAUGCGCGUAAAGUGGAGGGGGACAUGUAUGAAGCUGCUAACUCUAGAAAUGAAUACUACCAUUUACUCGCCGAGAAAAUAUACAAAAUUCAGAAGGAGUUGGAGGAGAAGCGACGUCGAAGGCAGGAAAUGCCACCACAGGGUCGCCCUCCACAACAGCAGGUUGGUCCCCAGGGUGUGAUGGGUCAGCAGAUGAUGAACCACGAGGGUCAGGAUCCUGCAACAUCUUCAGGAUCUAUGAAUAGUGAUCUACUACGUCGUCAGCUGCAGCAGCCUGGUCAGAUUAGACCUCCCAUGAGUAAUAAUACAGUUAAUCAAAACAAUGCUCUUCAACAUAUGAAUGAUACAGCACUAAUAGGAGGACAAUCUCAGUUAGAAAAUUUACUUAAGAAGAGUGCAAAUGAAAUUGACCCCAGCGAGCUUGCCAAGGCGCAUGAGAUGCGUACUAAGGUUCCCUCCGUAGAACCUAUAUCGGGAAUGCCCCCAACCUCACAUCAACAACAGAUGGGGAGCACUAACAAUAUGAAUGGUCCAAGCUCAGAUAUUAAAAUGGAGUUGGAGAUGAAGCAAGAAGCGGAGAUUAAGACUGAAAUCAAACCUGAGAUUGAUGUGAAGCAGGAACCGAUGGAAACCAACUUCUCCGACCAACCUGAUGUCAAAGUAAAGACGGAGACUGACGUCAAGACUGAGGUCAAGGAAGAGCCAAGGUCGAGUGAACCAACUCCAAAGAAAGAGGAGGAAGAGACCCAGAAUCCGGUUCCAACCAAGACGGAGGAGGUUGUGGUGAGGAAGGUCACCUUCUCCAAAGACGAACUGAGGAAUGCGCUUCUACCUCCCUUGGAGAAAAUGUGGGCCAUUGAACCUGAUGCGAUUCCAUUCCGCUCACCUGUAGAUCCUAAUGCGCUCGGGAUACCGGACUAUUUUGAAAUCAUCCGAACUCCGAUGGAUAUGUCGAGUAUCCGGCGUAAACUGGAUACUGGAGCCUACCAGGACCCCUGGGAGUUUGUUAAUGACGUGUUUCUCAUGUUUGAGAAUGCCUGGGUUUACAACAGGAAGACGUCGAGGGUUUAUAGAUAUUGUACAAAGUUGUGCGAAGUUUUCGAAGCCGAGAUCGAUCCAGUAAUGCAAUCCCUUGGGUUCUGUUGUGGAAGGAAACAUACAUAUUCUCCCAACACUAUGUGCUGCUAUGGUCAGCAGUUGUGUACCAUUGGGCGGGAUUGCAAAUAUUUCUACUUUGAUAACAAGAACCCCACUCCCAGCUUGUUCUCUGAUAAAUACACCUUCUGCGACAAAUGCUUCAGCGAUAUACCAGGCGACUCCGUCUCAUUGGGUGAUGAUCCUAGUCAGCCUCAAACGUUAAUAAAAAAAGACGAGUUUAAGACGGCUAAGAACGAUGUACUCGAACUUGAACCUUUCGUCACUUGCUCCGACUGCUGUAGAAAACUGCAUCAAGUCUGUGUCCUCCACUUUGAACAGAUAUGGAAAGAAUUUAAAUGUGAAGGCUGCCACAAGGCGCAAGGGACAAAGAAGAAAGAAAACCGGUUUACCGCGAAACGGUUGGCAACAACCCGACUCGGCAGCUAUAUAGAAACCAGGGUUAACAAUUUCCUUCGAAAAAAGGAGGCUGAUGCGGGUGAUGUUCAUAUUCGGGUUGUAUUCAGCGGAGAUAAACAUGUGGAGGUUAAACCUGGGAUGAAACACAGGUAUGUGGAUACUGGGGAGAUGUUGGAUAAUUUCCCAUACAGAGCUAGAGCAAUGUUUGCUUUCGAGGAACAGGAUGGAGUUGAUGUUUGCUUCUUUGGGAUGCACGUUCAGGAGUAUGGUUCCGAGUGUCCCCAGCCUAACACACGGCGUGUAUAUGUGGCGUACCUAGAUUCUGUUCAUUUCUUUAAACCUAGACACUUCAGAACAUCAGUUUAUCAUGAAAUUUUAUUAGGUUACCUUGACUACAUGAAAAAGCUUGGUUAUACAAUGGCUCAUAUCUGGGCUUGUCCUCCAAGUGAAGGGGACGAUUAUAUCUUCCAUUCUCAUCCUAAUGAACAGAAAAUACCGAAACCAAAGAGACUCCAGGAAUGGUAUAAGAAGAUGCUUGACAAGGGAAUUAUUGAACGGAUAGUCCUGGACUACAAGGACAUCUACAAACAGGCCUUAGAGGAUAAUAUCCAAACACCAGCUGAGCUGCCCUACUUCGAGGGGGACUUCUGGCCGAACGUCAUGGAGGAUAACAUCAGGGAGCUGGAGGAAGAGGAGGCUGCUAGAAAAAGGGAGAUGGAGGAGGCUGAACGUCUGGCCGCUGCAGCUGAGGCUGAGGAUGAACCCGAGGUCGGAGAGCCUGGUCCUGACGGGAAGAAUAAGAAAGGAAACAAGAAGAAUCAAAAGAAGAAGAAAACCAAUGCACAGAGGAAAGCUAGCGCCAAGAAACCGAACCAAGGGACGAGUGAUCUAUACAGUAAAAUAUUCGCUACAAUGGAGAAACAUAAAGAGGUUUUCUUCACGAUACGACUACAUAGCGCUCAGUCAGCCGCCAGCCUUGGUACAAUUGUUGAUCCUGAUCCUCCGAUGUCUUGUGAUAUGAUGGAUGGUCGGGAUGCUUUUCUAACUCUGGCUCGGGAGAAACAUCUUGAGUUCAGUUCUCUUCGUCGAUGCAAAUACUCAACACUUGCACUUAUAUAUGAACUCCAUACUCAGGGUCAGGAUAAGUUUGUGUACACAUGUAACGGAUGUCAGAAGAGCGUAGAGACCAGAUAUCACUGUACGGUUUGUGAUGAUUUCGACCUGUGUGUUUCCUGCUACCAGGAGAAGGGACAUAUACAUAAGAUGGAGAAACUUGGUUUUGAUCUGGACGGAGGAGCAACAGAGGCAGCAGCUACAAACAAUCCACAGGAGGCGCGUAAAAAUUCAAUCCAGCGUUGCAUCCAGUCCCUUGUUCAUGCCUGCCAGUGUCGAGAUGCUAACUGUCGUUUGCCCUCUUGUCAUAAGAUGAAGAGGGUAGUUAGUCACACCAAGGCGUGUAAGAGAAAGACGAACGGUGGUUGUCCAAUCUGUAAGCAGCUCAUUGCACUGUGCUGCUACCACGCUAAACUUUGUCAGGAAGCGAAAUGUCCUGUCCCCUUCUGCUUAAACAUUAAGCAAAAGUUACGUCAGCAGCAGUUACAGCAGCGUCUACAAGAAGCUGCCAUGAUGCGCCGACGUAUGGCUCAGAUGAAUGCUAGAAUGAACGCAGGCUUACAGAACGGACCGGCAAGCUCUGGAAAGGGAUUGCCGGCACCGGCAGCUUCUGCUCCGAUGGCAGUUGCAAAUCCAUUACAAAAUGCCGCCGGAAAACCUGGAGCACAACCAAACCAGGGUGUUCUAGAGGCGGUUAAAAAGGUUCAGGAAGAGGCUAAACAGCAGCAGCAGCAGGUUGGGAUGCGUAUGCCAGAUCCUACACAGCGUCCGGUCAACCCAGCUAUGAUGCAACAGCAACAUGCGGUCCGACAACAACAACCACCCCAACAGGUGGGCAUGCGUCAAACUAUGCCGAUGAGUGGACAGUGGCAGUCCGGCAUGCAGCAACAACAACCCCAGGGAAUGCAGCAGAGGCCUAUGAUGCAGGGUGUCCAAGGACAGGUCCCAGGACCUCCUGGACCUAUACCUGGACAACCUGAACAAGGUCAACGACAAACUAUGCAGAGCUUACAGCAGCUUAUACAGGCAUUGAGAUCUCCGCAGUCUCCCCAGCAACAGCAGCAGGUUCUGCAGAUACUUAAAUCUAAUCCUAGCUUGAUGGCAGCAUUCAUUAAACAACGUCAACACCACCACAACAACAGUGGACAAGGUGGAAACCAAGCUCCUGGAAAUACACAGAUAAAUCUAUCCCAGAUACAGCAGGGAGCAAACCAGAUGAUGUCUAGUAUGACGGGGGGAGGGCAGGUACCUAAUCAACCUAUGGGGAUGAAUCAAGGUCUAGGAAUGAAUCAACCACAGCAAGGUAUGGGUCCACAGCCUAUGGGAAUGAAUCCCGGGAUGAUGCAGCAUCAAAACCAACGAUUUCGCCCGAUCCACCUUCAACAGCAGGGCGGACAGUUUGGAGGCGGGGCUCAGUUUCAACAGCCGGCUCCGCCCUACCAGGGUAAUAUGGGUCCUCGUGGUAUGAAUCCUGGUUUCCAAAACAAUAUGGGAAUGAGACAACCCGUCCCAGGAGGUAUGAUGCAAGGGAACAUGAUGAACCAACAAAUGCUCUCCCAGGUUAGAUCUCCCUCCCCUGGUAUGCCGGUCAGAUCUCCGAACCCUGCUGCUUCCCCCCGUCCUGUUCCAGGUAUGGUUCAGAGUCCACACAAUAACUCCCCGCACCAUCACAUGGGUCAGGUCGGGGAUGAUGUCAACGGGACCUCAGGAGUCAUGAUGCUCGGUCAACAGACCUCCAUGGCAUCUAACAUGAACAUACAAACCUCCAUGAUGGAAAAUUCCGGAGGUCAACCCCAAGAACCCUCGUCGAUGACCCCCCAGGAUCAACUAAGUAAAUUCGUUGAGACCCUAUAACAUAGGAUACGCCUUAGCGGCUCCGAUCCAUACUUAUACACCAGAACCUAACCAUACAUACCUUCAGAGUAAACUGUUCAAUCAGAUAGUUAUAUGAUAGGAGGACAGACGAAAAGUGAAUCAGUGAUACGUCUGCCCCAGGGCCGUAUAAACGGUAGUGAAGGAUUCCAUUGGAACGUUAACAGAGUCAAACUCACCUCGUUGUUGGAUAUUCACUUGUUUUUGUUAAGAUUUGAUUUUGGCGAAAUAAUAAAAAUAUUUUAUUCGUCGACCCGAUCUAUUUACCUAUUUUCUAUGAAUAAUAAAUAAGUUCUGAAUUUAAA